UCUUUCGGCUCAGUUUGGCAGUCCUCUCAUAUUUCUAUGAUAAUAGUUUUUGCGGCAUUUCAGUCAUUUUUUCACUCAUAGUUUUGCUAUAUUUCGGUGAUAUUUUUAAGUCACAUAGUUUUGUCAUAUUUCAGAUAUAGUUGAGUGAUAAUUCUGUGAUAUUUCAUUCAUAAUUUAGUGAUUAUUUUAGUGAUAUUUGAAUGAUAUUCCCGCACCGUCCCUGCAUUCCCCGGAGCCUCCGCUGCUCUAACAAGAGCCUUUCCCCGGCGGAGUAUGUCCCGACGGUCCCGGUGCUGCUUCCCCGAGACAUGGAGCCGUGUUACCGGCUGCUGCGGCGGCUCGUGCCCGGUCUGCCGCGCGGACGCGCCGCCAGCCGGUUGGAGAUCCUUCAGCACGUUAUCGACUACAUCCGGGACCUUCAGACCGAGCUGGACGCCUCCUGCCCGACCGGGGGGGACCGGGGACGAACCUCCACACCUGCCAGCCUGCAGAAUUCCUCAAAACAACAGAGGUCGAGGAGAGCUGCACAGAUGAUGUUUUUGGAACAAGAGGAUGAUCAGACAGAGAGAGAGAGAGAGAGAGAGAGAGAGAGAGAGAGAGAGAGAGAGAGAGAGAGAGGAGAACCUGGGAGAACGUUGGGAGAACGUUGGGAGAACCUGGGAGAUCCUGGGAGAACCUGGGAGAACGUUGGGAGAACCUGGGAGAACGUUGGGAGAACCUGGGAGAUCCUGGGAGAACCUGGGAGAACGUGGGGAGAACCUGGGAGAUCCUGGGAGAUCCUGGGAGAACGUUGGGAGAACCUGGGGAACGUUGGGAGAACCUGGGAGAACGUUGGGAGAACCUGGGAGAUCCUGGGAGAACCUGGGAGAACGUUGGGAGAACGUUGUUCAAGGGUUCUCAGUUCUGCUGCUGAAAUAUGA